AAACGGAGCUCGCACGUGCCAACCUCGAAAAUUCUUCCCUCUGGUAUUAUAUCAAAACCCGCCUACAGAGGAGUUUCAGAGAUUGGCCUGAUCCUCUUCUCUCUAUGCCGCCUCUUCAAAUUUAGCCCACAAGCCUUUUGGAGCUUUAUCUCAAGUUUAUUGAAGGUUCAAGAACCUGAUCACGAUGUCAGCAUCAAGGGAUCGUUUGGAGAGGCCGGUUGAUCAUGCUGCUGCAUUCCUCAACAGACGUCAAAAUGAUGUUUUUCUUGACGAGCCAGCUUUGCCGCUCGGUACAUUUGGGAAUACUGGGACUGCAGCAUUUGGACCCGUUGGACCAAGACCCUUGGUGUAUAGAGGCGGGUUUGCGAGGCGGCUAGGAAAUCGUAGAGGUCUGACCCCAUUUAGAUUGCCACAGGGAAGGGAGAAUACACCUGCUGGGGCUGCCAGGCGCAGAAUGGGACGUGCUUCGACCAGUGUUUUGCCUUCUUGGUAUCCCCGAACACCCCUCCGUGACAUUACUGCGAUCGUAAGGGCUAUUGAGAGGAGAAGAUCUCGUAUGGGAGAAGUCGAUGGCCGAGAAGUUGAGACUCCUACUCCCCGACAAGUAGGGGUUCUUGAUUCUCCAGUGCCGCUGACAGGAGCUCAGCUCGAGCACAACAGCUCUAUGGUCACUCCAGCUCCAGCCGUGGGACUGAAACGUAGCUGCCCGCCUUCCACUGCCACAGUCCACAAGAUACUUCUCGACAUAACCAAAGAGCAUUGCGGUGGAGAAUCAGAGUCCCUCACACCGCAGAAGAAACUGCUCAACUCUAUUGACAAAGUAGAGAAGGUCGUGAUGGAAGAGAUUCAGAAACUGAAGAGCACUCCUAGUGCAAAGAGGGCGGAGCGCGAGAAAAGGGUUCGGACACUAAUGUCAAUGCGGUGAUCCGAUCCCCUUCUUUUUUCGUUCUCAGAAAAAGAAAAGGAAUGAAGAGGCUGUGUGAGUGAAGAAAGGGGACCCGCACAGUGAGCACACAUCAUCUUCUGAUGAUGGCAGAUAGGGAUUUUGAUGGAUCCAUCACCCACUGGUGAAAAUAUGUUCAUAAACUUGUAGGAUUCUUAGGCAGAGUUGUCAUUUUUCUGAUGAUAUUGCUAGGUGGGUCAAAUCAUCUCCUCUGAUGAUACAUCAUAGGAGUUUUACUAGGAGGGUUAGCCAGUCAUCUUCUCUGAUGAUAUAUGUCAUAGGAGUCUCAUCCUUUUUCUUCUUUGUUUUUCUUCUUCUGAUGAUUGCACAAGCAUCAUGAUGAUAGACCAUACUAUGGUUCAGAUUCUAUCCUUUAGACAUCUAACGGACAAAUCUCUGCUUUAGGGUUUCAUGCUCUUCUGGUGUGCCUUUUGAGUCGGUUUCAUUUUUGUGUGAAUGUACAGAAGAAUUGCUUGAGCCUUUUGAGUUUUUUUUUUAUUUGUCCA